CUCUUCUUCUGUCUUUAUUCUUCGCCAACAAUGACUUUAUCCAAAACCAUGCGUAUUGCUGCUGUGCAAUUGUACAUAGAUCGCACCAAUGCUGGCAACAAUUGGGCACGAGCCAAGGAUUAUGUCAAGAAAGCUGCUGAAGCAAAAGCUGACCUUGUGGUGUUCCCUGAAUACUUUAUUUCCAUGUCGGUGAAUGCUUUUCCUGAACUUCUUCCAAGAAUAGUUGCUCUUGCACAGGAAUAUGAUAUCGAUAUUGUGACAGGUACCUACCCAGAAAAAGGCAAGGAUGGCAAACUGUACAAUUGUUGUAGUUACGUCGACAAGGAAGGCAUUGUAUUAUUAACCUAUCGCAAAGUUCAUCUAUGGCACCCUGAACGAGAGAAAUUCACACCUGGAAAUUCAUUUGGUACUGUGGUCAAUCGGUUUGGUAUCAAAGUUGGACUCUGUGUGUGUUGGGAUAUUGCUUUCAACGACUGUUUUACUGAAAUGGCUUUGAAUCAAGAUGCUGAAUUGAUUGUAGCUCCUUCUUACUGGGCCUUGGAAGACGCUGGGGACAUUGGACAACGGUAUCGACAGGAUAGUGAAGUCCAGUUACUCAAUGCUAUGUGUACAGCUCGGUCAUUUGAAAAUGGUAUUGUCAUGGUCUUUGUCAACGGGGCUUCCUCUCCUUUACAAUAUGGUCAGAGAGACAAUUCCAGUCUAGUCAAGUCUGAUCAUCUUACUUUGGCUGGUCGAACACAAAUUACUGCUCCUUUCAAAGGUGUGUUAGCUCGAUGUGAUCAUAGUUACGAAGAAAUGUUGAUACAAGAUGUGGAUAUUGGGCAAAUGACCUUGGAUGCUGAAACUGUCUACAAGAUACGUGAUGAUUGGAAACUGAAGAAGGAUGCUGCCAAACUAUGAUACAAGUCGAUCAAUAGAUUAGUUUUAUUUUUAUAUUUUUCUUUUUAUUAAUAAUAAUAAAAAUAUCAGGUUUUAUAAUAUAAAAA